UGUGGGGAAAAGCUGCUCACGGAAGGAGACCAGGGACAACGAGAAGCCAGGCUACUUGCAGGCAGUGCCACUUGGUGCCGGGGCCCUGCAGGCGAAGGGGGGGGGAAGCAAGCACCUCAGUUUGGCCCCCGACGGCCCCCAAAGCGCCCCAGGUCAGCGCAGCCUCUUCCCUCCCACAGCGCCCCCCCCCCUCGCGCUUCCUGAUGGCUCUGCUGCUCUGGGCGCUGCUGGCCUCCUGCCUGCCUGCUGUGUGUGCUGGCCAAGACCAGGCCACUUCUGUGCAGGACGUGCGCUGGGAUGAAGGUGCCCAGAGGAAAACCCUGCUGGUCCAGCCGGCGGAGAUCCCGUCUGGAGAACCCACGUCCCAGGAGGCCCUUCAGGACCCCACAAAGUUGCCUCCCCACUUUCCAGACAAAGGGAAUGGCCAGAGGGGGCCGGGGGGGCUCCCCAAUUCUCUCGAGGAGGAGGAGGAGGAGGAAGGCUGCCGGGACCGGGACCUCUCGGGAAGCGUGGGCCAGAUCGCCUCGGCCAUGAGGGCCCUGGGGGUGGACCUCCUGCGGGAGGUGGAAGCGGAGGACGGCAGCGGCAACACCCUCUUCUCACCCCUGAGCAUCAGCCUGGCCCUUGCCCACCUGGCUCUAGGGGCCGCCAACCAGACCCAGAAGCAGCUCCUGGAGGCCCUGCACAUGGACUCGGUGCCCUGCCUGCACCAGGCGCUGCGGCGGGUCACCCAGCACCUCCACCAGACGGCCCUCAGCAUAGCCGGCCGCCUCUUCCUGGAGAAAGGCGUCCCCAUCAAGGAGAAGUUCCUGGAGGCGUCCCAGAGGUUCUACGGAACCAAGCCCGCCCUCCUUUCCGGGAACAGCCAGGCUGACCUGGAGGCCAUCAACAGGUGGGUGGAAGAAGCCACCCACGGCCGGAUCUCCACCAUGCUCACCGAGCUGCCCGCCAACACCGUGAUGGUCCUUCUCAACGCCGUCUUCUUCCGGGGGUUCUGGAGGACCAAGUUCAACCCGCUGCUGACGGAACUCAGCCUGUUCCAUCUGGACGAGGAAUCUGCCGUCUCCGUGGAGAUGAUGAAGGAAUGGGACUUCCCCCUCAGCUGGUUCAGCACGGCAUCCUGGGAGGUCGAGGUUGCCAAGUUCCCCUUUAAAGGCAACACCUCCUUCGUGGCCAUCGUCCCGGACCUCCCCCUGCGGAAGAACUUCUCCCAGGUCCUCUCCGAGGUCCUCCACCUCGACCUGGACAAGGCCUUCCCCCAGGAGAGGUCCACCAAGGUGAAGGUGCCGAAGCUGCACCUGGAGGACUAUGUGGACCUCAACGGGGCCUUAACUCGGCUAGGCCUCGGGGAUCUCUUUUCUGCCCCAGACCUCCACCACAUCGCCGAGGGGCCCCUGGUGGUCUCCAGCAUCCAGCACCGAGCCACCCUGGAGCUGGCUGAGGCCGGAGUGCAGGCGGCCGCAGCCACCAGCGUGAUCGCCUCGCGCUCGAUCUCGUCUUUCUCCCUCGACCGGCCCUUCGUCUUCAUGAUCACGGAGGACGUGAUGGGCAUCCCGCUCUUCCUGGGCACCGUCCGGAAUCCCAGCCCCGGGGCUCCCCGGGAGAAGACGGGCCAGGACCCCGCCAGUGAGAAGGAAAUCCUGCCUGUCGAUCCCUCCUCUUGCCGUCCCUGUGCCUGUUAUAAACGCCAGGCUCCCCCUGCCCUGCGCACACCGCCCUGCGGGCCGGCUGGAGAGCAAGCGGCUGGUGAAGGUCCCACCAUGAAACCCCUGCUGGUCCUGCUGGGGCUGGCCGCGCUGGCCUCCCUCAGCCACAGCCAAGAAGGGAGCCCUGCAAGCAGCCCCCAGGACCCUUCGAGGGAAGCUGGGCAGCAGCAGCGGCAGGAGGAGGAGGAGGAGGAGGAUCCCUUCUACAAGAGCCCCGUCAACAAACUGGCCGCCGCCGUCUCGAACUUUGGCUACGCCCUCUUCCGCCAGCAGUCCAGCCAGGCCCCCUCGGCCAACGUCCUGCUCUCCCCCUUCAGCGUCGCCACGGCCCUCUCCGGCCUCUCGCUGGGUGCGGCGGAGCGGGCCGAGGACGUGAUCUCGCGGGCCCUUUUCUACGACAUGCUGGACAAGGCCAACCUGCACAGCACCUACAGGGGCCUCCUGGGCAGCCUGGGCAGCCCCCGCAAGGGCCUCAAGAGCGCCUCCCGCCUGGUGAUGGAGAGAAAGCUGCGCAUGCGAAUGGCCUUCGUGAAGGAGCUGGAGAAAUCCUACGGCUUCCGGCCCCGGGUGCUCAGCGGAAACGCCCAGGGGGACCUGCAGGAGAUCAACCAGUGGGUGCAGCAGCGGACGGGCGGGAAGGUCACACACUUCCUGGCGGAGAUCCCGGCCGGGCUCAGCAUCCUCCUGCUGGGGGUCGCCUCCUUCAAAGGGCAGUGGGCCACCAGGUUUGACCCCAAGCUGACCAGGCCUCAGGACUUCCACCUGGAGGAAGGCCGGAGCACGAGGGUGCCCAUGAUGUCAGCCCCCAGAGCCGUCCUGAAGUACGGCUUCGACUCCGAACUCGGCUGCAAGAUCGCCCAGCUGCCCUUGGCCGGAGGGGUCAGCAUCAUGUUCUUCCUCCCGGAGACCCUCACCCGGAACUUCACCCUCAUCGAGGAGAGCCUGACCGCCGAGUUUGUCCACGACAUCAACAAGCAGCUCAAGACCGUCCAGGCCGCGCUGAGUGUGCCGCGCCUGAGGCUGGUGGCCGAGACGAGGCUGGCGGAGGCGCUUCAGGAAAUGCGGCUCCAGGCGCUCUUCUCCACGCCAAACCUGGGUAGGAUCUCCGCCAAGGCCCUCCGGCUGUCCCACGCGCAUCACAAGGUGGCCCUGGAGCUGGGGGAAGACGGGGCCAGCCCCGUGUUCCCUUCGGAGCCGGAGGCCGCUCGGCUGAACUUCCCCAUCGUCUACACCCUGGACAGGCCCUUCCUCUUCGUGGUCUAUGACGACGACACCGGCAGCCUCCUCUUCAUCGGGAAGGUCCUGGACCCCCAGCAGGCCUAG